GCAAACCCACUGAAUCUCCGUGCCAGGUGAUAAUACAAAAAAAAUUAAUUCUGCCGGCGUCGCACGGAUAGAUCGCAAGCGAACUCGGCCAGCCAGAAUUCCGUGUGCCGGUGUCACUUUUCCGAAAAAACCUCUUCCUGUGCCGCCGCAACAAAGCUCUCGAGUCAGGUGCGACACCUACAAAGUGCUCCGCCAUGCCGAUCGUCUACAGAGCCGAAGUCGUAUGCGACUCAUCGAUUUUAGAAAAUAAAGAGGUGACCAAGAGCUACUGGGAAGAGCGCAUGAUGAGCCUGUCACCGGAGGAGGUUUUCGCUGGACGACCUGAUGAUGAGCCUGUCGUGGCCGCGGACACCGAGUCGCGGAUCGCUCUCGAGCUGCGCGAAAUGCGCGAGCGUGAGGAGGAGCUGAAGCAGCUGCGCCAUCGGAUCAGCUCCGGACAGCUGCUGGACAGCAUGGCCACCGACGAGGGCAAUUGCUCCGAGUACAGCAGCGAGGAGAACAAGGACCUUGGCAGCAGCCGCGUUAUGAGCCCGGAAGUGCCUCUUCAACGACACUUCAGCCACCAUAGAACGCAGUCGAUGGAUUCAAUGAGCUCAGGACACAGCUCUGGGUCAGGUGGGCAUCAGGAAGUUUCGAUUUCCGGCCCAAUGUUCUCCGUCAGACGACGCAUCACAGUCAAGCCCUUGGACGAGCCCGAGGACGACGAAUCAACUUACUUAAAGAGUCGGCUGAGCGAGACGCCGAUCGAGCGCGAAAUCCGUGUGUCCGCCGAACGCGAGCAGGAGCUGAGGCGGGAAAAGGGCGUCGAGGCGGCGCCGAUCACCCCGCCGAAAUCAAUCCCGGCGAUCCUCACGGACUCAAAGCCUGUGUCGUUGCCGACGGUGGUCAACGACUCGCGGGACGUGCAACACCGCAUCGCCACCAGCCGCAUCCAGCAAGAGAUCAAGGAGGCGACGCAGCGCGAAAAAGAGCUCAUCGCGGACGGCAAAAUCGUCACUCUGUCAGAGGACACCGUCGACUCCAAGGUGACGCGUUUCACUGAGCUGGCGGAAUUCGCCAUGGCUGAGAAGCAGAAAUCGGCUUCCAACAAGCCGACAGCAGAAAUCAAACGGCCAGUAGUGCGGCCAGCGGCCGUGGCGACCCCACCGACGCCAGUGCGCGUCACUCCGCCCUUCAACAAAGCGCGCUCCUUCGACGGCAGCGGCCAGAAGGGGCUCAUGCAACGAUUCCUCGCCUCCAAGGGCAAACUGGUUUUUGGAAACUCGACAACCGUUGCUGCAUUUACUCCUGAAUCGCCCGUAUAUACACUACCACAGCGCAGAGAGCCGGCCUUCCAAUUGGAGCCAGAAAUGAAAGAAGCCAGAGCGCCUCCGACCACUCCGGUGAGGAAAGGAUUCAUGUCCGCGGAAGACAAAAUUAAUUCCGAGCUGACCGAGAUGAGGAAGAGAGAGGACGAAUUAAAGUUGCAGAGAGCCCACACGUUGGCACUGUCGCAGCCGAAUUUGCUGGAUAUAAUGGACAACGAGCCUGAGGAGACUGAGCGUGAGGAGGAGCCUAAGUGGGACGUGGCAACCCUGAGCAAGGCCCUGUCCAACCCAAAUCUUCUAGAUUCUAGUUCCUAUCCAGAUUCAUCAAACAGGAAGACCACUGUGAGGAAGAGGAGUGCGCUGAUCGACCAGUGGGAGAGCAUGAUUCAAAAGAACAGCCAGCAAAUGUGAAUAAAUUAUGGAAUUGUAGAAUUUUUACGUCUAUAUUGUUUCGCCAAGUCUCUCGCACGCGAGAUAUUUAUUUUUGUUUAAUCGUAAAAGCAGCGAGUACUUUCUAACUGUAUAUUACAUACUGUAUGCAAUAAAAUUUCUUCUUGUAAUGUAAAAAAAAAA